CCUCCUCCUGUCAGUCCCUCUCAGUUUCAGUGUUGUAUUAAAUUGCUCCUCCAGCACCUCCUCUCCUCAUCCUCCAAACCCUCUAAUCUGUCAGCAGUGAGCUCACUUUCCAGGUUACAAGGCCGUUCUCAGCACACACUGACAACAUGCUGGGGACCCUCUGCACUCUCAUCACUACUCUAACAUGUGUGAGUGGUGUGACGGUGGUGACACAGAAUCCUCCUGUUUUGACAGUGCGGACAGGAGAGACAGUCACCAUGGACUGUAACCUGGGGACUGUUACUGACAGUCCUUCUCGCUGGUAUAAACAGACUCCUGGAGGAGUUCCUCAGUUUGUGCUGAUUUACCAGCGAAGUUGGUGGUCUAUAACUUAUGGUUCUGGUUUCUCCUCUCCAAAACACACAUCUAAUUAUCAGAAUGAGACACAUUAUCAUUUCAUCAUCAACAAUGUGGAGGAGGGAGACUCAGCAGUCUACUACUGUCAAACAUGGGACGGAAUCACUGUGGUAUUCGGACCAGGCACCAAGCUGACUGUGACAAGCUCCAGCCUCCCUCCUCCCGUCCUGACAGUCUUCCCUCCAUCCACCGCUGAGCUCCAGUCCAACAAAGCCUCUCUGGUCUGUCUCGCUGCUCUGCCCAGUCAGUUUAAGGGUUUUGCAGAUGUUACCUGGUUGGGUGACGGGUGUCCAGUGAGCAGUGGGAUCUCAACCAGCCCUGCUGUUCAGCAACCAGACCAGACUUUCCAAAUCAGCAGCUACUUGUCCAUUAAACCCUCACAUUGGAUCACGGAUCGGGUUUUCACAUGUAAAGUGUCUUUGGGCUUCCAGACUGCAGAGAAAAACAUGACACAGUCUGACUGCCCCAUAAAAUAGAUAAUUAUCUCAAUCUUUAAUGCGAGUGUGGUUUCAUCUUUACAACUUUUGAAAGAAAUUAAAAACUCUGCUAAACAUUUGAGCUUUGCUGUAUUGGGCAUGUAUUGUUUUAAUGAAAGCUUUUUGCUAUUAAAAAAAAAAAAAAAAAAAUACUGCUUUUUAUUUGUUUUCUUGAAAUGAAAACCAUGGACCACUUGCUUCAACUCACUCAGUUGUGCUCACAGGUCCAUCUACAGAUGCUUUGAAUUAAACUUAUUCGAAAGACAA